UAAGAACAAGAUAUAGCCAAAAGAGUUUUCGUUCUCUCUCUCUCUCUCUCAAGCAGAGAACAAACAAAAGAGAAAACCUCGAUCAGAGUUUCAGACCCAAUAAACGGUCGAAGUCAAAGCCCAUCUGUGUAUAACACCGUCCCUCCUUCUUUCUCUAUCCACCAACCUGACAGGUUUGCCUUUGCCAUUCUUCCAUUCUUCUCUUCUAGUUGUCCUCUUGAACAAAAAUAAAAAAAUUGAGUCUGCGAAUCCUCCUCUUGAAUCUUCUUUUUCUUCGGUUGAAAAUUUGUUCCUUGGUCUCAUCUUGAUGUACAUGGAAGAAACUGGAAAACCCAGUUCAGAACUAUUGAGAAUUCAAGUGGGUUUUGCUGGACAUCGGUUUCUGUUCUGAAAUCAUCCCUUUCUCCUAUUAAUUGGCUUAGAGGGUUUUCUUUGUGUAUUUAGAGAUGGGCGUUGGAGGUUUCUGGGUGCUUGUUAUUUUUCUAUGGUUUUGUUUCCAAAUUCAGGUCUUGAAUUCUCAGAAGGGGUCCUGCAAUCCAAAUGACUUAAAAGCAUUGCAGGGUUUCUUGAAUGGUUUGGACUCAGGGAUUCCUGGGUGGAGUAGCAAUUCAUCUACUGAUUGUUGUGACUGGGUUGGCGUUCGGUGCGAGGAGGUGAGGAGUUCAACGAGUUCUGAAGAAAGGGUAGUAAAAUUGGAUCUUGGGAAUAGAAAAUUGAAAGGUAAAUUAUCCGAGGACUUGGCUGGUUUGGAUCAUCUGCAGUCUCUGAAUCUUUCUAACAAUUUGCUCAGAGGUACUCUUCCGCCCAAACUGUUCCAUUUGCAGAGUUUAAGGGAGCUGGACUUAAGUUAUAAUGACUUGUAUGGCUUGAUGCCGGUUGAUAUUGAUCUACCCUUCCUCAACGUUCUCGACCUGUGUGGAAACUCAUUGAAGGGUGACAUUGCCACGGGUAUCUGUAAGACUGCCACUCAAAUUCAAUCCAUCGAUCUCUCCAUGAACUAUUUCAAUGGAAGUAUUCCCGCAGGUUUCGGUAAUUGUUCUUCUUUGCAGAAUCUCAGUCUCAGCUCGAAUUAUCUUUCUGGGAGUUUGCCCAACGAUUUAUUUUCACUGCAAAAGUUGAGCCGGUUGUACCUUCAGGAAAACAUACUCUCUGGGUCGCUCAGUGAUGGAAUCGGUAAGCUUUCAAACCUGGUUGAGUUGGAUAUCUCCAUGAAUGGGUUCUCGGGACCUCUCCCGGAUGUUUUCAAUAAGCUUGGUCAAUUACAACGUUUUUCAGUCCAUUCAAAUAAUUUUAAUGGUAGUUUGCCCGAUUCGUUGACGAAAUCCCCCUCACUCAACCUGCUUAAUCUUCGGAACAAUUCACUGAGAGGUCCAAUUAGUUUUAAUUGUUCAUUCAUGGUUAACCUUGCCUCCCUUGAUCUCGCUUCUAAUCGAUUUCAGGGCCCCCUUCCUGAUAGUCUCUCCUCCUGCAAAACAUUGAGAAACGUAAAUCUUGCUCGUAACAAUUUCACGGGUCAGAUCCCUGAGAGCUUCAGGAACCUUGAGGCCCUCACUUACCUUUCGCUCUCAAAUACAAGCCUGAGUAAUAUUGCAGCUGCUCUUGAGAUUCUACAACAUUGCAAAAGCUUGACUACAUUGGUUCUUACGCGGAACUUCCGAGGGGAAGAAUUGCCUGGAGAUAUGAGUCUGAAUUUUAGUGGCCUGAGGGCUCUAGUCAUUGCUUCUUGUAGCCUCACCGGUUCAAUCCCAACAUGGGUGAGAAGCAGCGGAAAUUUACAGUUAUUGGAUCUAUCAUGGAACCGAUUGCAUGGAACCAUUCCAAACUGGUUGGGCGAGCUAAAGUUUCUCUUUUACUUGGAUUUAUCUAACAAUACGCUUUCUGGAGAGAUCCCUGAAAGCUUGACUAAUCUAGAGAGCCUCAUCAGCCGCAAUAUCUCACUCGAAGAACUCUCCCCUGACUUUCCCUUUUUUAUGAAACGAAAUCAGAGUACAAGGGCAUUGCAGUAUAAUCAGAUUUUGAGCUUCCCUCCAUUAUUGGACCUUAGCUAUAACAACCUCACUGGACCGAUCUGGCCAGAGUUUGGAAAACUAAAAAAGCUCCAUGUCUUGGAUUUGAAAUGGAACAAUCUCUCUGGAUCCAUUCCCAGUGAGUUGUCGAUGAUGUCAAGCUUGGAGACCUUGGAUCUGUCCCAUAACAAUCUAUCAGGAAUUAUACCCCCUUCUUUGGUCAAUCUCAGUUUUCUCUCCAAGUUCAGUGUUUCUUUCAACCACCUGUCUGGAAAAAUACCAUUGGAAGGUCAGUUCCUAACCUUCCCAAAUACAAGCUUUGAAGGCAACCCGGGUCUUUGUGGUGAGCACUAUUCCCCUUGUCAUGAUGAUGGUUCUAAUCAGAUUCCUCUUGCUUCACCUGGCAAACAAAAGCUAAACAAAGCGAGUAUUAUUGGAAUGUCAAUUGGAAUUGCAUUUGGGACAAUCUUUCUUCUCACACUCAUGUUCUUGAUCAUGAUAAGGACGCAUGGCCGGAGGAAUGAAGAUCCUGAAAAAGAGGACAUUGAUGCCAAAAACAAGGAUCUUGAACAAUUGGGAUCAAAAUUGGUGGUUCUGUUCCAAGAUAAGGAUAACAAUAAAGAGCUCUCCAUUGAUGACCUGUUGAAAUCCACCAAUCACUUUGACCAAGCUAAUAUUAUAGGGUGUGGAGGCUUUGGUCUUGUAUACAAAGCUACCCUUCCAUAUGGGAAGAAAGUAGCAAUCAAACGCCUCUCUGGUGACUGUGGUCAGAUGGAUAGAGAAUUUCAAGCUGAAGUACAAACCCUUUCAAGAGCACAGCAUGGGAACCUUGUCCUCCUUCAAGGUUAUUGCAUAUAUGGUAAUGACAGGCUAUUAAUCUAUUCUUACAUGGAGAAUGGGAGCCUGGACUAUUGGUUACAUGAGAAGAUUGAUGGGGCUUCCUCACUAGACUGGGAGACAAGGCUUCGAAUAGCUCAAGGGGCUGCAAGGGGCUUGGCUUACUUGCACCAAUCCUGUGAGCCUCAUAUCCUACAUCGGGACAUCAAGUCAAGUAACAUCCUUCUAGAUGAGAACUUUGAAGCACAUUUGGCUGAUUUUGGACUUGCUAGGCUUAUAUUUGCUCAGGACACCCAUGUUUCCACAGAUCUAGUGGGGACACUGGGCUACAUUCCUCCUGAAUAUGGCCAGGCUUCAGUUGCCACUUAUAAGGGAGAUGUUUAUAGUUUUGGUGUUGUUCUCCUGGAGCUUCUCACGGGGAAGAGGCCUAUGGAUAUGUGCAAGCCAAAAGGGUGUCGGGAUUUGAUUUCAUGGGUGCUUCAGAUGAAGAAAGAGAAGAGGGAAACUGAGAUUUUUGAUCCAUUCAUCUAUGACAAGGAAAAUGACAAGGAAAUGUUAAGAGUUCUUGAGAUUGCUUGUCUUUGCUUGAAUGAAACCCCUAAAGCAAGGCCUUCAACUGAGCAGAUAGUGUCUUGGCUUGAUGAUAUUAAUCUUGAUGGCUGACUGACAUAUGAAUCCAAGUGCAAUUGUUCUUGAUGGCUUCUGAAAUCACCAUCAAUGGUCUGGUUUUGAGCUUCCUCUUGGACUAGGCCCCCAGCUUCUGCAAUGACUCUGAUAUUGAAUGGAGAUCUGGUUGUAAAUACUUAUCUAUAUUCUUUAAUCUUCAGAGUUUUGUUUCCUGACAUGAAGGAGAGCAAUCUAACAAAGACGGAGAAAAAAAUCUCAAAAUUUGUAAGUUUCAUAUUUUAUAUUAGUUUUUAUUUGUGCUUUAGAUAAACGGUGCUUCUCAAACAUGUGUAAAAUAAAAAUACUGAAAUUUUCCUUAUA